AUGAAGAAAAUCGGCAAGAGUCUGCUCAGCAGAAAGUCGUCUCAGGACUCGGCGUCGUCGAAGAAAGAGUCGAAGCAGGGGCAUGCAGCGCAAGCGGCCUCCGCGCCCCCGCCUCCGCCUCCUAACACCUCCAAGCCGCUUCCACAGCCAGUGCAGUCAACCCAGCAUCACAAUAACUACUCUGCAAACUCUCGCUUGGGCCAACAAUCAGAUCGCAGAUCCGCCCCAGAUUUAACCCAGACGGCCCCUCCCAUCGUCGUCGUCUCCUCAGAUCCUGCCCAGGAUCGCCCCAACCACGCCCAGGACAGGCAUUCCCUCGGCCUUGACCACUCAUCCCCGACGCCUCCCAGAAACACUACCCUCAACCGUCUCCGUGCUGCUCCCAAAGACACAAUCCCCAUCGUAGGAAAACCUCCCCGCAAACAGCGCAGCAGCAGGUUCGUCGUCACAGAAAAGGUCGAGAUCGAGCGUUUGCCUCCUUUCAAUGAAACACCUCCCAGCGAGCGCCCAGGUCUCUUCAUCAGAAAGCUGGCACAAUGUCGCGUUCUCUUCGAUUUCAACGAUGCCAGCUCCGAGCUCAAGGGCAAGCAGAUAAAGGCACAGACCCUCCAUGAGAUGCUCGAAUACAUCACAACCCAGCGCGGUGUUAUCACAGAAAACGUCUACCCAGAAGUCGUUAACAUGUUUGCCACAAACCUCUUUCGCUCCAUACCCCCUCCCGUCAAUCCAACAGGAGACGCUUUCGAUCCAGAAGAAGACGAGCCAGUCCUCGAGCUUGCCUGGCCUCACCUUCAAAUCGUAUACGAAUUCUUUUUGCGCUUCGUCGAAAGCCCAGACUUCAACACCAACCUUGCAAAGCGAUACAUCGAUCAGCCCUUUGUCUUAAACUUGCUCGAGCUCUUCGAUUCAGAAGAUCCACGAGAACGCGAUUUCCUCAAGACAACUCUCCAUCGCAUCUACGGAAAAUUCCUCAACCUCCGCGCCUUUAUCCGACGCUCCAUCAACAAUGUAUUCUUCCAAUUCAUCUAUGAAACUGAACGCCACAACGGUAUCGCUGAGCUUUUGGAAAUCCUCGGUUCCAUCAUCAACGGUUUCGCCUUGCCCCUCAAGGAAGAGCACAAGGUCUUCCUUACACGUGUCCUCAUCCCUCUCCACAAAGUCAAGUCCCUCUCCUUGUAUCACCCCCAACUCGCCUAUUGCGUCGUACAAUUCUUGGAAAAGGAUCCCACUCUGGCCGAGGAUGUCAUGCUCGGCUUGCUCAAGUACUGGCCCAAGGUCAACUCGCCCAAGGAGGUCAUGUUCCUCAACGAGGUCGAGGAGGUUCUCGACGUCACCGAUCCCAUCGAGUUCCAAAAGAUCCAGGUCCCUCUGUUCCAGCAGCUGGCUCGCUGUAUCAAUAGCCAGCAUUUCCAGGUCGCCGAACGCGCGCUGCUCUACUGGAAUAACGAAUACGUCGUCAAUCUCAUGAGCGACAAUCUGUCCGUCAUUCUUCCCAUUGUAUUCCCUGCAUUGUACAACAAUUCGAAAUCACACUGGAAUCGGUAUUUAUCUCUUCACGACUUUUUCCAUCAGUGCUGCCCUUCUAAACCCAUCUCCAGCACCAUUCAUGGCAUGGUUUACAAUGCCUUGAAGCUAUUUAUGGAGAUCAACCCUGACCUCUUUGACGAAACACUUCAACAUUACAAGCAGACCAAAUUCCGCAACAGAGAGCAAGAGCAUGCUGUAUCACAGUACGCCGCUUGGCAAAUGCUGCGAGAGAAGGCUAUCCGCAAUAACGGUGGUUCACUUCCAGAGGGUUAUGUGGAGCCCCCUCGGGAACCCCCGCCACCUCCCACCGCGAUUGAUGAUUCUGAAAUUCUCGACCUCUCCAUGGAGCUGAAUGCCGCUUCCAUCGACGACAUGCAAGGGGACUUGGAUGAAUCAGGCAUUGAGCGAGUUCCCAUGGCAGAUCCUGGAUUAGAUGUUGGACACCACGAGAACAUUGUCGGUGCUGAACAUGGUCUCCACACCCGUCGAAAGAGUGUGCUACCAGUGGAUCCAAGCGUCCUCAGGGAUCUGCAAGCACAUAGAAGUCUUGAUGACGCCCCCAUCCUACCUGGUCGUUGA